GGCUACAGCUGAACCCCAGUCCCACAACCAGAGAAUUCAUCAUCAUGACAUAUGAGUUCCUGUGGUUUGAAGGGUUACCUUUCCCUGAUUCUGGUUUCAGCUCUGAAGUUAUAAAAGAAGCAUGUACUAAGUUUGUGAUAAAGGAUGAAGAUACAGUAACGGUGUCUUACCCUAAAUCAGGAACCCACUGGUUGAUUGAAAUUCUCUGCCUGAUUCACUCCAAAGGGGAUACCAAGUGGAUUCAGUCUGUGCCCAUCUGGGAACGCUCACCCUGGAUAGAGACAGAUCGGGGUUACAAAUUGCUAAAGGAGAAUGAAAGACCAAAUUUCCUGUCCUCCCACCUUCCCUUCCAUCUCUUCCCCAAGUCAUUAUUCACUUCCAAGGCCAAGGUGCUAUAUCUCAUGAGAAAUCCCAAAGAUGUUCUUGCAUCAGGUUAUUAUUUUUGGGCUACAUCAAAGUUUUCUAUUAAACCAGAGUCACUGGAACAAUACUUUAAAUGGUUCAUCCAAGGAAACGUGCCCUAUGGAUCAUGGUUUGAGCACAUUCGUGGCUGGAUGUCCAUGAGACACAGGGAGAACGUCCUGCUGCUGAGUUAUGAAGAGCUGCAGAAGGACCCAAGAAGCACCAUAGAGAAGAUCUGUCAAUUCCUGGGAAAGAAGUUAAAUCCAGAAGAACUGGAUUCAGUCCUCAAGAAUAGCUCCUUCCACGUCAUGAAACAAAACAAGAUGUCCAAUUAUGAAAUGUUGCCUGAAUCUUCAAUGAUUCACUCUCCAAUAGCAAGGAAAGGCAUCUGUGGGGACUGGAAGAAUCACUUCACAGUGGCCCAAGCUGAAGCCUUUCAUAAAGUAUACCAAGAGAAGAUGGCAGGUUUUCCCAAAGACCUGUUCCCAUGGGAAUAAUGUCCAAGAAAUUCUGGAUCUUCUAUGGAUAUUGAUUAUUGUCCUGGGACAUGUAGAAGACAGGGGGGUUCUUUGCAUAAAACCCAUUUCUAGAGGAAAGGGGGAGGGAAGGAUAGGAUAACAUAAAGAACCAAUGAAAUAUAAACUAAUAGAUGAACAAAAGGAAAUCUAGUCAAGUAGAGAAGGAGAAUAGGAGAGGGUGGGGACAUGGCAGGGAUAGGUGGAGCAUAAACAUUAAUGGAUCUCCAACUAUGACUGAGUGUUUCUGGAUGGAAACAACUACUGUGUAUAACUAUGAUGUUGUGACCAAAAAAAAAAAAAAAACUGUGUCUUCACUCAGAAGCCUUGAGUCAUACAUUUUUGUUUCUC